AUGGCAGCACAAGAUUCGUACAACGAGAUGCUGAAAAAGGUACUAGAAUCUGUCCAAGCAAAUUUGGACAAAUUGGCUAGUGAAGCCAAAAGAACGAAUGAUAGGCACGAAGAAACUAUGAAAAUCCUAAGGGAGAAUUUCAGCCCGACAGCUCCUAAAAGAAGAGGAAGAACAGAAAACGCAAACCCAAGCCGCCGAGAGACGAGGGGAGAAAACAACAGAAGCAGGGAACCCCGGAAUGGAGGAAACGACGAAAGAGACGAGACAAGAAACCAACGGGAGAAUGAAACCAGAACUAGCGAAGAAAGCCCAGACAAUCAAAACAAAGACAAGUCCAAUGAGCAAUCACCUGAAACACCCAGAAACGAGCAAAACCAAGAUGAUGCCCGAAGCGGGUUGAAUUCAAAGGGAGAAGAACGAAGGGAGAAGGAAAAAGAAGAUGCCCUACCAAAAAGUAAGCGACAAGACAAAGAUGCGGGGAAAGAACAGCCAAAGAAAAAACAUCAAGAAGGGGAGGGCGAAUCCUCGGAAGCGCCCCAAAAAAGCAAAGCCACAUACGUAGUGGAAGAAGACUAA